CAAAAACAGCUCUCUGGUAGGUGUUUACGCUUAGAGUUUUCAACCUAAAAUGAGAUCGCUGCCCAUUGUAGUUCUAUCCCUCCUAAUUCUUAUCUUUGCUGCCCAUGUAUCCCAAGCCGAUGACAAGGGCUCUUCGGUUGGAAAUGGGAAGGAUUCCCAUGACGGUGAUGAUCAUAAAUCAAAUGGUGUAGGGCCGGUGAAAAAACCAAAAUGCCCUAAGCCCGGACAUGGUCCGAAAAACCAUGACAAUGAUGGUCGAGGACCACCGGAAAAGGAGUGCGAUGAUGGAGAGACAACGCCGUCAUCACCUGGGCCUUCCCCAGACCAAGGUAAUGGUUCCCCAUCACCACCGCCAUCCCUGUCCUAUUCACCACCCAUGACACCAUCACCUCCACCUCCAUCAGAAACUAGUCCUCCUACUACACCUCCACCCUACCAGCCUAGCAACCAAUCUCCUCCUCCGCCGUCAUCAUCAAGCCCUCCACCAACACCUUCAUCUAGUCCCCCUGUUACACCUCCAACCUACGAACCUAAUGAUCAAUCGCCGCCGCCUCCAUUGAAUCCUCCGCCCAUUCCCCCACCACCUCCAUCUAGUGCGCCUGCGGCACCUCCAAUGAACCCGACUAAUGAUCAACCUCCUCCACCAACGACGUCAUCUAGCCCCCCACUACUAGCUCCAGCCACCCCACCAACACCUCCAUCUAGUCCCCUUGUUACGCCUCCAUCCUACGAACCUAACGAUCAAUCGCCACCACCUCCAUUGAAUCCUCCGUCCAUUGCCUCACCACCUUCAUCUAGCCCACCUGCCUUACCUCCAAUGAACCCGACAAAUGAUCAACCUCCUCCACCAUCUCCAUCAUCUAACCCCCCACCACUAGCUCCAGCCACCCCACCAACACCUCCAUCUAGUCCCCCUGUUACGCCUCCAUCCUACGAACCUAACAAUCAAUCGCCACCACCUACAUUGAAUCCCACUUCCAUUCCCUCACCACCUCCAUCAAGCCCAACUGCGGCACCUCCUAUGAACCCGACUAAUGAUCAGCCUCCUCCACCAUCGGCGUCAUCUAGCCCCCCACCAAUAGCCCCAACUACUCAACCACCUCCCUCUAGCCCACCUGCUACACCUCCAACAGACUCAACAGAGGAGGAAACUCCUACAUCACCACCAGCAUCUAGUCCACCGGUAACUCUAUCAAGUCCUCCACCACCGUCAUCGAGUACACCACCGGCUCCAUCCAUCGCCACACCACCUUUGGCUAGUCCCCCUACUACACCUCCAACGUACCAAGCUAAUGACCAGUCCCCUCCACCUCCACCAUCAUAUAGUCUGCCGCCAUCAGCUUUAGCUAGUCCUCCACCACCACCAUUGAGUCCACCGGCAAUAGCACCAACCACUAGCGCACCUCCUCCAUCUACUUACCCAUCACCUAUGUCUAGUCCACCAGCAACACCUCCAACGGACUCAACUGAUGAGCAAACUCCAUCACCACCACCAUCUAAUCCACCAGUAGCUCUAUCAAGUCCUCCACCACCAUCAUCGAGUACACCACCGGCUCCAUCCAUUGCCACACCACCUUUGUCUAGUCCCCCUGCUACACCUCCAAUGUACCAAGCUGAUGACCAGUCCCCUCCACCUCCACCAUCAUACAGUCUGCCACCGACAGCUUUAGCUAGUCCACCACCACCAUUGAGUCCACCGGCAAUAGCACCAACCACUAGCGCACCUCCUCCAUCUACUUCCCCAUCGCCUAUGUCUAGUCCACCAGCAACACCUCCAACAGACUCAACUGAUGAGCAAACUCCAUCACCACCAUCAUCUAGUCCACCGGUAACUCUAUCAAGUCCUCCACCACCAUCAUCGAGUACACCACCAGCUCCAUCUAUUGCCACACGACCUUUGUCUAGCCCUCCUGCUACACCUCCAACGUACCAAGCUGAUGACCAGUCCCCUCCACCUACAACAUCAUACAGUCCACCACCGACAGCUUUAGCUAGUCCUCCACCACCACCGUUGAGUCCACCGGCAAUAGCACCAACCACUAGCACACCUCCUCCAUCUACUUCCCCAUCCUCUAUGUCUAGUCCACCAGCAACACCUCCAACGGACUCAACUGAUGAGCAAACUCCAUCACCAACAUCAUCUACUCCACCAGUAGCUCUAUCAAGUCCUCCACCACCAUCCUCGAGUACACCACCGGCUCCAUCCAUUGCCACACCACCUUUGUCUAGUCCUCCUGCUACACCUCCAACAUACCAAGCUGAUGACCAAUCCCCUCCACCUCCACCAUCAUAUAGUCCGCCACCGACAGCUUUAGCUAGUCCUCCACCACCACCAUUGAGUCCACCAGCAAUAGCACCAACCACUAGCGCACCUCCUCCAUCUACUUCCCCAUCGCCUAUGUCUAGUCCACCAGCAACACCUCCGACCAACCAAGGUAACCACCCACCGCCAUCAUCACCAUUAAGUCCACCUACCACACCUCCGAUGUACCAAGUUAACCAACCACCGCCGCCACCACAAUUUAGUCCCCCAGCCACAUCUCCGACCUAUCAAGGUAAUGCCCCACCACCGGCAUCGGCACCAGCAGCACUUAGUCCCUCAGCUGCAGCACCGCCACCUGGUGCCCCUACUGGCAAUGGAUGGGUGCAAGUUCAGAAUUUUCAUGACGCCCUAUACUGGCAAAUCGGGCGCUUUGUGGUGUUCAAGUUGGUAAACAAGAAGGACAACUCCCUUGUUGAUGUGCUCUAUGUGGGCAUGCAACCUGCAGGAAAGGGCAACAACUACUUUCUUGUGAUAAAAGUAGCAGAUGAAUAUAAGAAGGUCGGCAAGUAUCAUGUGCUCCUAUGGGGUGUGCCCGGGUCAGCAGAUGAAGCAUGGAAAGUAUAUUGGCUCAAAUUUGUAGGAUGAUAAGCACAUGGUGAAAACAAGAUUAUCUAGCUAUCGACCAUGCAUGGCAUUUCUAGGGAGAAGAUAUAUAGACAUUUUGUGGUAAAUGUGCACCUGCAUGGAUUAGUUGAUUUUUGUAGC